GAAGAGCUUGCUGGAGCCGACUGAGCCGUACCAUGUUCCCAGCCUGCAGAUUCCCCUUUCGAGCCCACAGGUGUAUCAGGGCACUGAAACCUGUCCAGACAGACCAUGGCAGCCCUCAGCUGUACACAGCAGUGCACAGACGCAGCUGCUCUUCAGCUGCAGCACCACCCAUCACAACACACUACACCAUCCACCCCCGCGAGAAAGAUCCACGGUGGGAAGGCGUGGAGAUGGAGAGGUUUGCAGACGAGGCUGAUGUGGUGAUUGUUGGUGGAGGCCCCGCCGGCUUGUCAGCAGCCAUCCGUUUGAAGCAGCUAGCCACUGAGCACCAGAAAGAGCUCAGAGUAUGUGUGGUGGAGAAAGCCUCUCAGAUUGGAGCCCACACUCUGUCAGGGGCCUGUGUGGAGCCCACCGCCCUGAACGAGCUCUUCCCUGAUUGGAAAGAAAGAGGGGCUCCUCUCAACACGGCAGUGACUGAAGACGUGUUCAGCAUUUUAACGGAGAAGUACCGAAUUCCUGUUCCCAUGUUGCCAGGUUUACCCAUGAAUAACCAUGGCAACUACAUUGUGCGGCUUGGGAACUUUGUGCGUUGGUUGGGGGAGCAGGCGGAGGAGCUGGGGGUGGAGCUGUACCCGGGUUAUGCUGCAGCAGAGAUCUUGUACCAUGAGGACGGGAGUGUGAAGGGAAUUGCCACCAAUGACGUGGGCAUUGCCAAGGAUGGUUCACCAAAGGAUGUGUUUGAGAGGGGGAUGGAGCUGCAUGCUAAAGUUACAUUGUUUGGGGAGGGCUGCCAUGGCCACUUGGCCAAGCAGCUAUACAAGCAGUUCAACCUGCGAGAAAAGUGUGAGCCACAGACCUACGCCAUUGGCCUGAAGGAGCUGUGGACGAUUGAUGAGAAGAAGUGGCGGCCGGGCCGGGUGGAGCACUCAGUGGGUUGGCCACUCAACAGGAACACUUAUGGCGGCUCCUUCCUCUAUCACCUGAACGAAGGCGAGCCGCUCGUGGCCCUAGGCUUUGUGGUGGGCCUGGACUACACCAACCCCUACCUUAGUCCUUUCAGAGAGUUCCAGCGCUGGAAACACCACCCCUUCAUUGCUGCUACUCUGGAAGGAGGCAGCAGAAUAGCCUAUGGCGCCAGGGCCUUGAAUGAGGGAGGCUUCCAGUCCGUCCCUAAACUGACCUUCCCAGGUGGCAUUCUGAUUGGCUGCAGCCCAGGCUUUAUGAACGUCCCCAAGAUCAAAGGAACUCACACUGCCAUGAAGAGUGGGAUGCUCGCCGCCGAAGCCAUCUUCCUCAAAGUCACUGCCGAGAGCCUGGAGUCUGAGACUACAGGACUUCACGUCCCUGAGUAUGCAGAUAACUUGAAGAAGUCGUGGGUAUGGAAAGAGCUGUAUGCCGUGCGGAACAUCAGGCCAUCCUUCCACAACUACUUUGGCCUAUUUGGCGGGAUGAUUUACACUGGAAUCUUCUACUGGAUCUUUAGAGGCAAAGAGCCCUGGACUCUGAAACACUGUGGCCUUGACUCAGCCCAGCUGAAGCCGGCAAAGGAGUGCAUCCCGAUUGAGUAUCCCAAGCCCGAUGGCAAGCUCAGCUUUGACCUGCUGUCCUCUGUGGCCCUAAGUGGCACCAACCAUGAGGGGGACCAGCCCCCCCACCUGACCCUGAAGGACGAUAGCAUCCCAGUGGCCAGGAAUCUGGCCUUAUACGACGGACCAGAACAACGUUUCUGUCCUGCAGGUGUGUACGAGUACGUUCCUACGGAGACUGGAGAUGGGAUGCGAUUGCAGAUCAACGCACAGAACUGUGUUCACUGUAAGACGUGUGACAUCAAGGACCCAAGCCAGAACAUCAACUGGGUGGUGCCGGAGGGUAGUGGAGGCCCCGCCUACAAUGGAAUGUGACUUUCCCAUUUUUAAACCGGGAUGGAGGAGAGGAGGGGUCAUAUCACGAAGCCACAGGUGUAGCAAGGCUGUGGCUUUCUAAUGGUCCAUUAAGGGUUGGCCUCCAGCUAAUGGUUUAUGUGCCUACAUACAGAGCUUCUCAUUUCAACAUUUCUUAAAACCUUAGGAAGUAAUGACAGCCUCUUUUCCCAUGGAUGCUAAGGUGUGGUUUAAAUUAAAUUGGGGGGUUUACAGAUUACAUUGUUUUGAAGUUAAAUUCAAAUAGACUUGGACGUUACACAAGCAAACACAUGUUCUUCUAAGCAGAGGAAACUCACCAAUGCCUUUAGAAACCAAGUUAAUGAAACACACACUCGAGGAGCCGUGCCUAAGUUGUUUAUUUCAUACAUAACUAUCGCAAGUUCUGUUUAAUUUACAGCUGAUUAUCCGCAGGAUACUGUAUAUAAUGUUGUUCAUAGAAUAACAGUUGACUGUUGUCACUUUAUUCUGAUGUCUGUAAAAAUAAAUAAAAUGAAUACAGUAUUUAACGACAUAACAUCCACAACUUUUGCCUUUUUCCAAGUGUUGAAACACUGAUUGUGACUUCUAAAUACCAAGACAAAAGGUUAUCCUUCAGAUAACUAGGUCACUAUGACAGCAUGACAGUAUUCAAGCCACUUAUACAUGAUGGCGCUGGUCUUAAUAGGCUAAAAUAAAUCAAUGAGCCUUGUGGCAGUCACGGACUGGUCAGCCCUAUGUUCCCUCAGCCCUGUGGGGAAGGUUAAGUUAAGUUGGGGUUAGGUUAGGGUUAAGGUAAGCUUUGGGUUAGGUUUAGGUUAAGGUAAGCGUAGGGUUAGGGUUAAGUUCAAUUCAAUUUUAUUGUCAUUAAAAACAAUGUGCAGGCACAUUGGUAAGCAUAAGGUAAGCGUAGGGUUAGGGUUAAGUUCAAUUCAAUUUUAUUGUCAUUAAAAACAAUGUGCAGGCACAUUGGUAAGUGUAGGGUUAGGGUUAGGUUAAGGUAAGCUUUGGGUUAGGGUUAAGUUCAAUUCAAUUUUAUUGUCAUUAAAAAACAAUGUGCAGGCACAUUGGUAAGCAUAAGGUAAGCGUAGGGUUAGGGUUAAGUUCAAU